AUGGUUGUUGUUGCUGCUGCUGCUGUUUCCAUAACCACCAUGAACGCCGCUGGUUUCAAAAUUGGAAAACGGCGGACAAGCAUUUCAAUGAGAAGAGCAAGUACAAGGCACCGCAGCCAGACUGUGAAUAAAUUAGAAUCAGAGUCGGACCAAAACAAUCAGCAACAACUACAAGACGAGGAGGACCAAGUUAAAAAGAGUUUAGGAGUUGAAGCUGCGUUAUCCAUGCUCAGAUUCUACAAAACAGGGGAGAUAUCGCCGCUGUUACCAAAUAGUUGUAGAUAUGUGCCAACAUGUAGUGAAUAUUCCAUGGAAGCUUACAAGAAAUACGGUGUCGUCAAAGGCACCGUCUUGACUGCCUGGCGUGUCUGUCGCUGUAAUCCACUUGGUAAUGCAUCAAAGAGUGUUCAAUAUUUGGAUGGUAGAGGAUAUACAGAAAAUAGAACUUCAUCUAAGGUUGAAAAUACUUCAGAUUCGCACAACUGCAUGAUGAGUUCGUUGAAAGUCCAAACCAUGCAUGAUGGAAUGCUUGGAGCACCAUUUUAUCUUGAAACACCUUCUCUUAUGUUUCUAUACCUACGUUUAAGGUUUCCUAGUCGUAUGAUAGCAUUGGCUCGUGGGUUUGAGCUUUCAAAAGAAACAUGCUCAUUGUAA